UAAAUGAUAAUACUGAAAUUGCCGACUUCAAUUAAUUUUUUUUACUUUAUUGACUGAUUAUUGUAAAGAUUCAUAUAAGUAUUGCAACUUAUUAUUAAUUAAUAAACACAACUAUGGCUGGAAGUCGUUUGGAAAAAUUGGGAACUAUAUUUACAAGGGUUAACGGACUCAUUAAGUCAGGUGCAAUGAAAGUUGAUGAUCGGCCUAUAUGGUACGAUGUUUACCGGGCGUUUCCACCUGAAUCAGAGCCACAUUAUGCAAAGCCGUCUCAAUCACUGAAAAUACCAGAUAUAUUUUACACAGAAGAUACAUUCAGAUCUAUGUUUCACAAAGAGACUCGUGGCCAAUUGCCACCAAUCAAUUUACAAGAGACUCAACAAAACCAAAAUGUUACAAAUAUAGCUAUAAACAUGGUAGUUGCUGAUCCAUCACUUUCUGUAGAUCAGGUGAUUGAUUCUUUGAAAAAAACUAAUGUCUUGCCAGAUUACAAAACUUUAUCAAAAAAAAUCAAUCAUCCAACAAUACACGAUAGUACAAACAAAUCGGAUUUUAAUGAAAUCAAUGUUCAUACAAAAGUAACAAAUAUCCACAAUAGUUAGUCUUUUUUGUUGAUUUUGUUAAUAAAUAUUAGAAUUUUAAAUACAUUUUAUUAAUUCAUUUAA